AUGGCGCUGGUGGCUGGCACCACUCUCGCAACGCCAUUGCCGACGCAAAACAACGACAACGAACUGCCCGCCCGCGCCGCCGAUGCAGUCCAACAGCUUAUCGCCAUCGCGCCCACCUCCAACACUUGCAUCGGCGCGUCCUUCCCGGACGAGUGCUCGGUCUCAUCCGCAACAGUCGUCAACGCCCUGCUCGCCGGCUUCACAACAUACAGUAUCACCACGGCGGCCGAGCAAGCCGCACUCCUCUCCUGGAUGGCGUUCGAAUCCGGCGACUUCAAAUUCAACCGCAAUCACUUCCCGGCGCCCGGUCGGCCUGGCCAAGGCACCCGUGCCAUGCUGAUGCCGAACUUCGUCGCCGAGUAUGCUGCUAGCAUCCCCGAGCUGGCGCCACAGGUUGCCGCGGCCGCGGGGGAUCCGGCGAAGGUGCUCGAGCUGGUGCAGCCGGAUCAGUACGCUUGGGCGGCCGCGUCGUGGUAUUAUGCGACUAAGUGCUCGACGGAGCAGAGGGCGAUGGUGGUUGAUGGUGGACUGCAGGGCUGGCAGAAUGGGUUUAUCACUGGCUGUGUGCAGACGGCGAAUUCCCCUGAGCGUCAGGCUUACUGGACAAGGGCACGUCAGGCGCUGGGUGCACCUGUUUGA